AUGGACAGACCUGCUCUGAAGGAGCUGCUGAGGGCCAAAUUCCCCACUGAAAGCGGGCUGGAGGGAAGCAGCGGCUGCAGGAUGGAGCGGGACGCGGGGCAUGGGCCGUCCGCCUUCGACCUGCCCAAGGUAGAACUUCAUGUUCACCUGGAUGGAGCCAUUAAGCCAGAAACAAUCUUAUACUUUGGCAAGAAAAGAGGAAUUCUGCUCCCUGGUGACACUGUUGAAGACCUCUUGCAGCACAUCAGUUACACGGAGCCACUCACUCUAACCCAGUUUCUAGAAAAGUUUGCUCUCUACAUGCCUGCCAUUGCGGGGGACCGCGAUGCUGUGAGAAGAAUAGCCUAUGAGUUUGUAGAAAUGAAAGCAAAAGAAGGUGUCAUCUAUGUUGAGGUCAGGUACAGCCCUCACCUCCUAGCCAACUGCAAAGUUCAGCCUGUUCCAUGGGGCCAAAAAGAGGGCGACCUCACUCCGGAUGAAGUGGUUCACCUCGUUAAUCAGGGAUUACAGGAUGGAGAAAGGGAUUUCAGCAUCAAAGCCAGGUCUAUUCUAUGCUGCAUGCGCCAUAUGCCAGGCUGGUCAUUGGAGGUGGUGGAGCUGUGUAAGAAAUACCAGAACAAUACGGUGGUAGCCAUAGACCUGGCUGGGGAUGAGUUGUUGGUGGCUGAGACCUUCCCAGAGCAUAGGAAGGCUUAUGAGGAAGCUGAAAGAUGUGGCAUUCAUCGCACUUGCCAUGCUGGGGAGGUUGGGUCACCGUCUGUCAUCAAGGAGGCAAUCAAUGUUCUGAAGACAGAACGGAUCGGCCAUGGCUACCAUGUCCUGGAAGACCCAGCCCUUUAUAGGGAGCUGUUGAGUAGGAAGAUGCAUUUUGAGACAUGUCUUUUGUGCAGUGUCCUCACCGGAGCAUGUGAUCCAGACUUUAGGAAACACCCAGUAAUUCAGUUUAUGAAUGAUAAAGCCAAUUACUCCCUGAACUCUGAUGGCCCGCUCAUUUUGAACUCUACAAUUGAGACUGAUUACAAAAUAGCUAAGCAGUUCCUGGGCUUCACUGAAGAGGAGUUCAAGAGAGUGAACAUCAAUGCCGCUAAGUCCAGUUUCCUGCCUAAGAAAGAAAAGAAGGAGCUUCUCAGUAAGCUGUAUGAAGCCUACGGGAUGGUCCCGAACAACCCAUCCUAAUCCUGCUUCUACCAGCCGGCCAGGUGCAUUCAUCUCUCCCCAUGUGUGCUCGACUCCUCUUUGUUUUAGUGGGAGCAUAGGAGGAGGAGAUGCCAUGGCACCAAUGCAUAAUACUGGUAUUAUUAUGCUGAGCUUUACAGUCCAAGGCAUACACUAUAAAGCAGUAUUUCCAUGGUUCCUACCAUAUAUACCUACCUACAACACCCACGUACUAAAUAGAUAUCUGAUUUCCUAUAUUUGUGACUCUCAAAUGUACAGGUGGAGUUUUCUGGUCUGAUUCCAUUGUGGCUUAUGCCAGUUUUACAUCCUGGUGUAAAUGAGAGCAAAAUAAGGCCCUGUUUCUUUGUGGUGGUGGUAACAACACUUUUAUGUGACUUUUUGGUGCUCUAGUUCCAUUGCUGAUCUACCUUAGUCCCUCUCUGCACUACAAAAGUAAUCAUGUUGAGCAGCAGCUGUGGUCAAACCAUG